AUGUUGGCAUCUUCGCCCUCGCCCUCGUCGGCUGCUUUGCGCUCCCCACUCCCUACUUCGGGAUCGCAUACACACUAUGAACCUACUGGCGCUCCACAAUUCAAUAGUCCCCGUUCCUCGCGUCUGGCCAUUGAGGAACUUCGUUCGGCCUUGAACCGCCAUACCGUCGAUCCCUCCUCUCCUGAAACCUCAGGGGAUCCUCGCAGACGCGCAUCAGCAUCUGACUCUCUGAAGACCCCGAACAGUUCGGCCUUAGCCACCUCUGCCCCUCAAGCCACUUCCUCCACUGCCGCUGUGACCACAGCGACAGCCUCUGCCAACCCACCCCCGGCUUCCUCCACCGCCCCCUCGAUGCUCGCCCCUACCACCUCAGGCUCCAACAAGCGCAAUAGCCAAAGUGACCAUCACUCACCGGCUGCGGCGCCGGGGGGUCAGUCCGAUGGCCAGGACUUGGAGAGUCCCCAGUCGAAGCGCUUGCGCGCCUCCAAGCCGGAGGUCAAGAUUUUGCCCGCACAAUACGAAUUUGCAGAACCCCGUGACAUGGUAGUGCUGAUUUCCAGCAUGCUCAUGGAACUGAUCCGAUUCAACGACAAGAUUCCUUUACACCAAGGUCGUCUAACGCGCUUCCACUCACGUUCUCCGCCCCGAAUCUCCGUGCAAGAUUACCUGCAGCGACUGACGACCCACGCCACCCUCUCGCCUCCUAUCCUUCUUAGCAUGGUCUAUUACAUCGAUCGACUUUGCGCACUGUACCCCGCUUUCACCGUCUCGAGCCUUACCAUCCAUCGAUUCUUGAUCGCCAGCGCCACCGUCGCCAGCAAGGGACUUAGCGACAGUUUUUGGACCAACAAGACGUAUGCCCGAGUUGGUGGAAUUGGCAUGACGGAGUUGGCAAUGCUUGAACUUGAAUUCUUGUUCCGAGUCGAAUGGCGGAUCGUCCCACAGCCCGAAGUGCUCGUGGACUACUAUCAAAGCCUCGUUGAUCGAUGCGACGGGUUUGAAAUUGAACACACCUGCAGCAAUGGCGAUACCAUGGCCGGGCCACCCGGUAUUGCACCUGCAACAGGUAUUACUCCAGUGUCAGGCUAG